CCUCCGGUCGUUGUCGGUGUCUGAGUAUUGUCCAUGACCGUCCAUAUUAGAGAAGAAUUUUGAGCACCUUCGCAGUUAAUGAUUUUCGUUUUGCGACGAUCUGGUUCCUUUCUUCGAAAAAUUCGCAACGAUUUUUUGAAAUUCAGAGCAAUGGCAAACAGCGAGCUACCGAAAGAUAUUUUGGGUUUUGAAGUCAAAGAUAUUGAUGGUAAUAUGGUCUCGUUAUCUAAGUUCAAAGGAUAUGUGUUGCUGAUUGUAAACGUAGCUUCUAAAUGCGGUUUUACUAACUCGAACUAUCCCCAACUGCAAGACCUGCACAAAAAGUAUGCAGAAAAAGGUUUGCGUAUUCUUGCUUUUCCAUGUAAUCAAUUUGGAUGUCAAGAGCCAGGGAAUGAAGAAGAAAUUAAAGAAUUUGUGAAAGGAUUUAGUGUUGAUUUUGACAUGUUCAGUAAAAUUGAUGUGAAUGGACCAAACGCAGAUCCAUUGUAUGUUUAUUUAAAAAAAGCUAAAGGUGGUUUUCUUCUUGACAAAAUUAAAUGGAACUUUACUAAGUUCCUAUGUGAUAAAGAUGGAGUACCAUACAAGCGUUAUGCACCUACCACCUCUCCUAAGAGUCUGGAGAGUGAUAUAAUGACAUUGCUAGAAAAAUCUUCCUUGUAACUGUAAAAGUUGUCUAUAAUAUCAACAAACUUUAUUUGACAACUCAAAAUCUUUGAUAAACAGUAUUUCAUCCAUAAGUUAGUCAACAUUUGAUAGCUGAAAUAUUUCAUACUCAGGGCAAAUUUUGGGUUAGCUUUUGAUCUACAUGAAAUUUAGAAUUUUGUAAUGAAUACUACAGUCUAUUAAAUUUUACGAUCUUCUUUACUGCUA